GGGUCGCGGUGGACCAUGUGAGGGUUCACAGUGCGCGCAGAGGUCGUGUUGUGCUUUUGCUUUCAGCCUGUAUCUCGGAGCAGCCGGAGUCCGUGAUGUGAUGGCUCUUCUGACCCUUUUCAUGAGGAGACAGCUCCCGCAGGCCGUCGGCUACUUCGCCCGGGCGGGUAAGCUGAGGAGGCUGCAUGGAGCCGCGCCGCGGCGGGCGGCGGAGAAGGCUCCGUGGGGGAAGAGCCGGGGCCCGGAGCCGCUGCAGCAGCAGCAGCCGCUGCAGCUGCAGCAGCAGCAGCAGUACCAGCAGCUGUCGGACCUGGACAAGGCGGACGCCCUGAUGCUGAGAAAAUCACAUGAAACAGGAUUCCUGUCGUGGUUCAGGAACGGCCUGCUGGCGACCGGGAUUGGAGUCAUCGCGUUUGUGCAGAGCGAAGUGGGACGAGAAGCAGGAUACGCUUUCUUUAUCCUGGGAGGUGUGUGUGUAUCGUUUGGCAGCGCGUCGUACUUUGGCAGCCUGCUGUCCUUGCGGAGGCUGAUGCUGCUGUCCGUGCCAGCGCUGCUGCUCCAGGGGGCCGUGGUGGGCAGCGCCGCCCUCUUCUGGCUGUGCGCGGUGUCGCUCUACAUCGGCCGUCUGGAGGUGGAGAUCAUCCACGAUGGGGAGGACGGGGAGGACGAGGGAGAGUGCCGGGAGUGCCGCAACAGGCGCGAGCACCGGGGCUACCGUGAGGCCGAGGACGGUGACAGCAAAGGGCCGAGCAAGUAGAGAUCUUCUAGGGAUGUGUGUGUGUGUGUGCGUGUGUGUGCGUGCGCGUGUGUGUGCGUGCGCGUGUGUGUGCGUGCGCGUGUGUGUGCGUGCGCGUGUGUGUGCGUGCGCGUGUGUGUGUCUGAAUCAGGGUGUGUGUGUGUUAUUUGUAUGUGCAAACAACCUGCAUGUUCAUGAGCAGGCUGUGUUUGGUUCUGCAGAUGUAAAUCUAUUAUCUGUUAUAAAAACAAUUAUUUGAUGACAAAAAAACUAUUUUAGACUUUUGGAAAACUGGUUGGAGAAAAUGCUGAAAACAAGAUUUUUUUUCUUUUCUCCUUUUUUUUUUUAGGAAGACCUCAUAAUUUGAUAAAUUUAAUGCUGACACACACUGUCAUUUGUGUAUCUGAAAGUUGUAUUGAUUUGAUUGGAUUUUUACAUCCUCAGAUGAACAUUUUGUGCCACCUUGUGUGUAAUCGAUCUGUUCUCAGCGCUGCUGUUCGAUGCUGUUUGUCUUAUCACUUUAUUCACUAUAGUUAACUGUAGUUGACUAUUUGAAGAUUUCGUAAGUCUUGAAAUUACAGAAUGAACAUUUGACUAGUUUUUGUUUUAAGCAAAUAAAUACCUGAACUUAUUUUUACACAACUAUUUUUUUAUUUUAUUUUAAUUUUGGUCUCAUAAUGGCAAUCGCACUUUUGUAAGCUUUUGUUUGUCAUUGUACCUUUUAAAGAUUUGGACUGAAUUUAAAACUUUCAGGUUAUCACCUAAAUUUCUGUGUAAAUGAAUUUGAAGACUGUUGUAACAUGUUUCUUUAUGGAAAUGAUGUUUACUAUUGUUUACCUGUUUUUUUUUCUUGUUUGUGCACUACUUUCAAUGCACCUCACCAUACAUAUAACAAUAAAACCAGGUGAAAUCUGAA